ACGGCUCUUCCGGUCUUCAUGGAAUAACUAUAUGAAACAGUUUUUGAGAGAAGCAUGAAUUAUUUGGCUAAAGAGGUAGGAGAACCCAAAGAAAUGGUGCCACCUGGCAAGAGAACUGCUGUGUUUCAUGAGAGUUCAGACCAAGCAUAAUUAAAAAAAAAUCACCGUGCUCUGACUGACCAACACCAGUGCUGCCCCCUGAGGAGUCACCGUGUUCUGAUUGAGGCCAACACUGCUACCGUCACCCAAGGAGUCACCGUGUUCUGACUGACCAACACCGCAGCCGUCACCUGAGGAGACACUGUGCCCUGACCCAGAUCAGCACCAUAGCUGUACACCUGAAGCAAACAACAAAAACAAGCCAUAAAAUCAGAGAAACAAUGAAUGCAGAUUCAAGCUGUUGAGGAACACAACAUAUAUCAGAAUUUCACAGCGGAUAUUAGAUCGUUAGAGUGAAGAUACACCAGCCUUAAACCAGAACCCAUUCUCUGGUACCACUUGGACAAGACACCGUGGACAAGAAAUCAGUUGUGCGGUGGAUCAUGGAAAUCAAAGAGGAAGGAACUUCAGAAGAAGGCCAGCAUUUUCUUCCUACAGCUCAGGCAAAUGACCCUGAGGACAUUCAGUUCACAAGCAUCCAGAAGAUCCCCAAUGAGCCACAGCUGGAAUUCAUCCUUGCGUGCAAGGAUCUCGUGGCUCCCGUCUGUGAUCGGAAACUGAACACAGUUGUGCAGAUCUCAGUCAUCCAUCCGGUGGAGCAGACCCUGACAAGGUACUCCAGCACGGAGAUUGUGGAGGGAACAAAAGACCCACUGUUUUUGACGGGCGUCACAUUCCCAUCCGAGUACCCCAUCUAUGAAGAGACUAGAAUAAAACUGACAGUCUAUGAUGUCAAGGAUAAGUCUCACGACACUAUUCGCACCAGUGUCCUUCCGGAGCACAAGGAUCCCCCUCCAGAAGUUGGGAGGAGUUUCCUGGGCUGUGCCAGUUUUCAAGUUGGGGAACUGCUGAGGUCCAAGGAGCAGCUGCUGUCGCUGAGCCUGAGAACCUCAGAUGGUGGAAAAGCAGUUGGCACCAUAGAAGUCAGCCUCGUGAAGAUGGGGGAGAUUGAGGAUGGGGAUACCGACCACAUCACAACAGAUGUGCAGGGACAAAAGUGUGCACUAGCGUAUGAAUGUACAGCCGCAGAAAGUGGGAGCGGGAAGGACAACUCACCUUUAUUAAAUGCAGUGUUAAGGAACCCUGUGUGUAAGCUAUAUAGAUUCCCCACUGCCGACAACAAGUGGAUGCGGAUCCGCGAGCAGAUGUCGGAAAGCGUUCUUUCCUUCCAUAUCCCCAAGGAGCUGAUUGCCCUGAACAUAAAAGAAGACUUGUGUAGAAACCAGGAGUUAAAAGAGCUUGGUGACCUGUCUCCACACUGGGACAACCUACGGAAAAAUGUCCUUACUCACUGUGAUCAAAUGGUGACAAUGUACCAAGACAUUCUGACAGAGCUUAGCAAGGAAACAGGGUCCUCUUUCAAAUCCAGCAGCAGCAAAGGAGAGAAAACGUUAGAAUUUGUUCCAAUAAAUCUACACUUGCAGCGGAUGCAAGUGCACGGCCCUCACCUCAAAGAUGCUCUCUAUGAUGUCAUCACUGUGGGAGCCCCAGCUGCCCAUUUUCAGGGAUUCAAGAACGGUGGUCUUCGGAAAUUACUCCAUAGAUUUGAGACAGAGAGAAGGAACACCGGCUACCAGUUUAUUUACUAUUCACCUGAAAACACAGCCAAGGCGAAGGAGGUGCUCAGCCACAUCAGUCAGCUGCAGCCUCUCAUAGCAACCCACGCCGACCUGCUGCUCAGCUCCGCCAGCCAGCACUCUCCAGACAGCUUGAGGAGUUCUUUAAAGAUGCUCUCAGAAAAAACUGAGCUUUUUGUACACGCCUUCAAGGAUCAGCUGGUCAGGAGCGCUCUUUUGGCUCUCUUCACGGCACGGCCAGGAGGCAUCCUUAAGAAGCCACCCUCUCCUAAGGACAGCACAGAGGACACUUGUCCCCAGGAUGAGCCCCCUCAGCUGAGAAGACAAGACUCCAUACCACACCAUUCUGACUAUGAUGAGGAAGAGUGGGAUCGGGUGUGGGCCAACGUGGGGAAGAGCCUCAACUGCAUUAUCGCUACCGUGGACAAACUGAUUGAGAGAGACGGUCACAACGGAGGAGGUCCCGGAGGUGGUCCCGGAGGAGGUCCCGGAGGAAGUCCCGAAGGAGGUCCCGGAGGAGGUCCCGGAGGCAGCAGUGGUCAAGAUGGAGGCACGGAGCCUUCCCUAGAGGAUUCCAUCACAUCUCACCCAAAGGAGGACUGGUACGAACAGCUACAGCCCCUCAUCCUCACCCUGAAGGAGUGCAUGGGAGAGGUGGUGAGCCGAGCCAAGCAGUCCCUGACGUUUGUGCUACUUCAGGAGCUGGCCUACAGCCUGCCCCAGUGCCUGAUGCUGACGCUGAGAAGAGACAUCGUCUUCAGUCAGGCGCUUGCUGGAUUGGUGUGUGGUUUUAUCAUCAAGUUACAUACAAGUCUGCACGACCCCGACUUCCUCCAGCAGCUUCACACAGUGGGCUUGAUAGCGCAGUAUGAAGGACUGCUAAGCACCUAUAGUGAUGAAAUCGGAAUGCUCGAGGACAUGGCUGUCGGCAUUUCAGACUUGAGGAAAGUUGCGUUUAAAAUAACUGAAGCCAAGUCUAGUGAUGACCUGCCUGUUCUCACAGGAAGGCGAGAACACUAUGUGGUGGAGGUCAGGCUCCCGGCUGCCAUGUUUGAGUCGCUCCCUCUGCAGAUUAAAGAAGGCCAGCUGCUCCAUGUCUACCCAGUUCUGUUUAAUGUUGGAAUCAACGAGCAGCAGACUCUGGCUGAGAGGUUUGGAGAUGUUUCUUUGCAAGAAAGCAUAAAUCAAGAAAACUUUGAACUUGUUCAGGAAUAUUAUUCGAUAUUCACAGAAAAGAUGCCGCCUGAUUAUAUUUCACAUUUUCAAGAACAAAAUGAUUUAAAAGGAUUGUUGGACAAUCUCCAUCAAAAUAUUCAAGCCAAGAAAAGAAAGAAUGUGGAGAUCAUGUGGCUAGCAGCAACAAUUUGUCGCAAACUCAACGGCAUCCGCUUCACCUGCUGUAAAAGCGCCAAAGACAGGACCUCGAUGUCAGUGACGCUGGAGCAGUGCUCCAUCCUGAGGGACGAGCACCAGCUGCACAAAGACUUCUUCAUCCGGGCCCUGGACUGUAUGAGAAGUUGUACUUUCUGCCCUUUCACCAGAGAAGGAUGCCGCAUAGAGAACGUACUGAAGAAUAUCAAAUGCAGAAGGUAUGCUUUCAACAUGCUCCAGCUGCUGGCUUUCCCCAAGUGCUACCGACCUCCAGAAGGCACUUACGGAAAAGCUGACACCUAACUCUCCCAGCAUGGAAACAAACAGGAACACAGAUAUAUUGCGGUUGGAAGAUCUACACCUCUGCCUUAUUUGUUUUUUUUUUUUUAUUGUUAUGAAUUCUUGGAGCGAGGUACUUAUGGGUGUUGUUCAUAUCCAAGCCACUCACUCAGAAAGCGACCUAGCACCACUAUGUCCAUCUGUUCUCUUUCGUGUUAACUCUUCCUGGUUGAGUUUAAUUCAGAAACUUUAAGGAACUAAAAGUGCAAAGAAUUUAAGAAUAGUGUCUGCUGGUGCCCAAAUAAAGAUCCUCAGCAGCUUGAAUUUCAUUUGGGGAAAUCCAGAGAUGUGAGAGAAAUAUGUAUGAGAUGUUCCAUGACAGUGCUCUUAGUGUGUGAGUUUGCAGUCUACCAUAGGUCAAUAUAUGUGGAGUGGAGAACCCUGUAACAUACUUGAGUCAUAAACAGUGAUAAAUUUACACAGUAAUUUUCAGUUAAUUGGGAUUUCAGAUCAGUCCUUAUGGUAAAAUACCCCUAUAUGUAAAAUUGCUAACAUUCCAAAUUACUGGUUUCCUUAGAGACCAACCACAUUGAAUAAGAUCACCAUUCAAAAAAAUUAGCAAAUCAAGGCAUGUUGCUCAGUUAUAUGACUUCAGAAGAGCAAUUACAGCCACCCUUAUAUCUGUCUCUUUGAAAUUUCCUAACCCUCCACUCCCGCCUUCUGCAGAUCACUACACUAGCUAUGCAUGAACCGUCACAGAGAGAGUCAAAUGGAAAUUAGGAUUUAUCACUGGAAUGCACACUUAGAGUAAAGCGAUCUGAAAGAAAGUCUGUAUUCUUCGCGUUCUCACCAGUGGGAAGUACUGUGCAAGCCUGUGUCUCCUCUGAGGCCACCAGAGAUUUCCAACACACAAUGAAUUUUGUCACUUCAUCCAAAGUUGUACUUUAUGUCUUCACAGGUGACACAAUAGCUGUUUGCCUAAGAUGCUUCCUGUGCAGGUUUAUGAGAUAGAUCUCCAGUCCUGUGUUGAGUAUUUCAAAAGUCUGAGAAUAGAUGAUAACCCCCUGAGGCUUCUACAUGGAAUUAUCCAUUUCUUACUUUGGCUAAUGGCCUAUGGCUUUUGCCAAAGCAGUUACCAAACUAUUUGUAGCCUUUAAAAAUGGAGAAAAUGCAUCUAAAUAUGGAAAUAAUUAUCUAAUGUUCUGAGAGCUAGUCUCCAUUUCAGUGAUUUAAUGUAAUCUUUUAAUUGUUUGAUUUUUUUAGCUAGGUGGUAGGAUUUGUGGCUAUUCUCAUUACUGUGUUGAGUUUAAGACAGUCGUGAUGACAGAGGUUUGUCUAGCUCUGAGCUGUUUUUAGUAUUUUAAGUGUUGAUAUUCAUCCCAGGACAUCUCAUGUGAUGUUUUUAGCUCAGAAAUGUUUUAUAAACAAUAAUUGUUUAUAUAUUUUUAUAAAUUAACCAUCUUAACUAAAAUAUGCUAAAUAUUUAUUAACUGGAAAGCCAAUAGUAAGGUUUUCCAGUUUUGUAUGACAUUUCAUAAGACAUAUUUUUCUUUGUCAACAAAUGCUAAUCCAGAAAUCUCAAAGGUGGACCUGACUAUACUGUACCUGCAAAUGAACGUUUAUUCGUUGACAGCAUCGCCAUCAUUUUCAUUGGGAAUCUUAUGCAUCUUUUCUUAUUUCCUAAACAUGACUGCGCUUCUCCAAAUGCACUGAGACAACCACUUCAUGGCUUUCUGAAUCAAACCAUAAAUGAGAUAUUUUAGAAACUCCCUUGUACAAAUGCAGUUGCGGUCAUGGAGUUCUCUCAGCUCUGCCAUACUGUUCUCCCCGUAUUUUCCCUGAAAAGCUGCACCGCCCGCAUGUCUAGGGAAAGCACACUGAGUCAAACCAUUUAUCAAGAAAAUGACAUUUCUAAACAACGCAGUCUUCUUUCUCAGAAAUAAGAUUUUCUCCUACUCUCAUCAAAUGCAGGUAUCAAUUCUGGGUUAACUAUUUACAGAACCCUGGGAGAAACAUGUUAAAAGCACAAAAACCAAAGCCAUGAUUGUUAACCAAAAGUCUAACUCUGCAUCUGUCUUCCAGACAGCUAAAUAUACCCUCGAACCAUCUGACUGAACCGGGGUUAUUUUGUGUGUACCAGUUCACUAAAUUCCCACACAGUUUUUCCUCCUACAUAUUACCGUGAGUUCACCCACACACCGCUUUUCCUAACACUGUGGUCAGUCUGGUAAGCCAGCAGGGCCCUGGUGACUGCAUGAGGUGGCUGAUGAAUGAUGUAAAAUCUGCCCACUCCACAUCAGGGCGAUUCUCCAUGUGCCACUAGUUACUCAUGAUGCUGCUGCUUCCUACAGACAGGAAGACUUAAAGGCUGCCACUGACUGCAUGGCACACACCCCCUUCCACAUGUUAAGUGGUUUUUGUAAAGUAGAAUUCAGAAUGGCAAAAGGGAGGAAACGUGAUUUUUUUUUCUAAUCAGAUAAAAUCUCCCCCCCCCCCCCCGCAGAGAUACUCUGCAAGAGACGUUCUCCGGGUGGUGCCCAAACUGGCACUAACGGAUGCAUGAGAAGUGGUCGUUGAGUCUUCAGGAAUAGUACAAACUGGUUGCUGCACAGUGGCAUAGCUAUCCAUAAGUCAUCAAAUGAAUUUAUUGAAAGUAAAGAUGACAAUCAAAGCUUAGAGCUUCCUAGAUUUUUAAAAAUCAAAUUCUGCAGUUUAUCCCGCUUCUAAGUGUAGUUGGCUCUGAUGGUUCUGUGUGGUGUAAAUGCUGUAUUGAUAACACGCACCUGUGAAUCUCCUGAAUCCACAUUUAAGAACGCAGUGUUGGUAUCUGGAAAUCAGCCAGUGCGGGAACAUUUACACCACAGGAACUGGCAAAUGCUACAGACUAGGAUAUUUACAUCCUGAAACACCAGUGGUUAAGCAGUUACCAACUAGUGCAUGGCUCUGAGUCACUAGGACAGUUUCUCAGAAAAUAUCAGAUUAUUGAAGGGAGGUUACAAUUAUUAGGAUGGUUUUACAUUAAAGUAAUCUGCAAUCAGAUUAUUAUAAUUUUAUGAUUGAUGUUUUCAACUUUAAGGAAACAGGCAUGUCUUUACACUAAAGUGGAAACAUAUUGUUUUAUAAUCAGUUAUUAUAUUAGAGGAAUAGUUUAAAAACUAUCAGUAGUGUACUGCAGGUGGCCUUAUUGUAACUAGUAUGUCAGGACUGAAGUCAGGAAAUGGAGAGUUAAUUAUAAUAUAACCACAGUACACUUCAUCUCAAUUUCUAAGUGUAUGAUUAUGGCAUUGCUGACAGGAAAGCAAAAUCGUAUCACUAUAUUCAAUGUUUACUAAGUUGAUCACAGUUGAAACCUCGACCGAUUAGGUAAAGUAAACACUGACAAUAUGCUGACAGAACCCAGAUAUGUGAAUCUGAUUUUCAAGUGACAUAAUAUUCUAGUUCAAUAAGAGGGACACAAUUUGUAAUCUUUUAUGAACUAAAUUAACUUUGGGGAAGGUUUGAGGCAGGCUUUCUCUUUUUAACACACAUUUCAGAACCUUGUUUGAGACUCCGACCAGCAGGGUGGAGGGAAGCAGGUAGAGUGGGCACAAAACAUCCCUGCUAUAACAAUGUACUCUACUCACAGCUGAAAAAAAAUAUUCAAUUUGCUAAGAGCUUGCACAAUUGAUUGAAAGGUUUAACAUAAAUUUAUAUUCAUCUAUCCCACUUCCAAUCUGUGUAAGCUAUGACCUGUAUUUUUGGUAUUAACUUUUUAAGUAAAAUGUCCUUGUAUAGAUUAUCUUUUAUUUCUCUGACAACUUGAAAUUAGAUGUUUUUUCUUUGCAUCUUUCCACACAAAGAUGCAAACUAUAGCAUACACCCUCUUUAAAAAUAGAAAGAUAAAAAUCAACAUUUUAGAUAAAAUACAGUCUUCCCAUUAAUAUUGAUUUAAGGAACAGAAAUUUUCACUCUGUCUUUCUGAGCAAUGGGACAUGUUAAUUUCUCUUUGAGUUUUAUUUCUAAGACUAUAAAAUACAUCAAUUAUGCAUCUGAUUGACGAGGACGAGACGAUGCUUAACUAGAGAAAGGGGCACAUACAAGAUAAUACAAAUCCCUCGAAUGGUGAAUCCAAUUGCUCUUCUUGAACUUGGAUUUUUACUCAGGCAUACGUAUUUUAAAAAAAGAAGUUCAGACUUUAGUUCUAAAGAGCACAGACAUUAGUGUAAAUUUGCAACUUGUAAAAACUGCUUCUCUCUAAGCUGUGUGCUGUAGGUACACAGCAGUAUACUCUGUCUCUCAGUAACAGAAGUAUUUAAAGAUGAAGGUACAUACCAUUCUGCAUAGGAAGAAUUUCUACAGACAUUUUAAAUUAUUUCCCUGUAAUGAAAGGGCACAGUGUAGCAGAAUGUCUUUUGUGAUGGCGGUGUUCAUCAGUAGGCUCUAGACUAUAUGGCCAGUAUGUCUAUAGUAUCUCUAUAGUUAUUGAAAUUAUUUAUGUCACCAUCAACAUCAUAACCUAUCUGUGAAGAGCCUGCUUUUCAAAAUGCAGAACUGUCAUGGAUCUGCAUAUGCCACCCCUUGUGCAUGUAUUUUCUUCUGUGAACAUUUUGUCUUUUAAUUCAUUUGCAGAUUCUUGUGUUAUUCAUUUGAAAGGUUGACCUUUCUUUUUAUAUUAAAUAUAUAUCCUAGAUGAACCAAUUAUUCAUAUUCCCAGGAAAUGAACCUCAGAUAGCUAGAUCAUCUUAUAUUUGCAUUUGAAGAAAUAUAUCAUUCAUCUUAUUUUGUGUAAAUCAUAUUCAUUGUGCACUGUAUGUAUAUUUUUGUUGAAAUAAAUAUGGUUUUAUUUUUA